CGCAUGCAGAUGCAAAAUAAGUCCGCAAUAUUUUUCGGUUUUCUAGUUUGCGGAGAUAAAACUAAGUCAUUGUGAAAAACAACUGCGUUUUCGUAGAUUUAGCAGCUUACAACCUAGUAUUAGAGCGAACACCGGCAAGCAAAAUGAACAGUUUUCAAAGCAAAUUUCAAUAUUACUCCAAACGAAAGUUCUUCCGAUUCGGUGUCCCGUUCCUGCUUCUGAUGGUCGGAGGAUCCUUCGGUUUAAAGCAAUUUGCUCAGUUGAGGUACACAUUCUCCAAGAAGGGUACACUGACGGUCGAGGAAGCCGAGAAGCACGGGCUGUUGAUGAAGAAACCGGAAGAGGUAACUCUGGAAACCGAGUUUGAGAAAGUCAAGAAUAUCGAUAUCGACAGUUGGGACAACAUUCGGGGGCCUCGGCCGUGGGAGGAUGACACUAUGCCGGCAAAGGCAGGUCACUGAUUGUCUUCAACCUAGUCAUAACUGUUAAGCUUGAACUAAAUAUACGCAAGCAUGUUUAUUUCCAAGAAAAUAAGUGAUAC